GCAUGUCGGCCGCAGGGUCAGUCCCGCCGCCCCCGAACCCUGCGGUGUCGUUCCCGGCCCCCCGGGUCAACCUGCCCUCCGGCCUCGCCAUCCUGCGGACCUACUCGGGCGCUUUCGUCUGCCUGGAGAUUUUGUUUGGGGGCCUUGUCUGGAUUCUCGUGGCCUCCUCCAAUGUUCCUCUACCUCUGCUACAAGGAUGGGUCAUGUUUGUGUCUGUGGGAGCUUUUUUUUUCUCCCUGUUCUUCCUGGGCAUGUUCCUCUCUGGGAUGGUGAAUCAAAUUAAUGCCAACUGGAACUUUCUGGAUUUUGCCUGCCACUUUACAGUGUUUGUUUUCUAUUUUGGAGCCUUUUUGCUGGAAGCAGCAGCCACGUCCCUGCACAAUCUGCAUUGCAACAUGACCACCACCGCGCUGCUGCAGCCACUCUUGAAUGACAACCAGUAUAGGAUCAAUGUAGCAGCCACAAUUUUUGCCUUUGUGACAACAGCUUGUUAUGGUUGCAGUUUGGGUCUAGCUUUACGAAGAUGGCGACCGUGACACUCCUUGGAAACUGACAGUCCUGCAUUAGUUUUAUUGUCAUUAGUUUUAUUAGUUUUAUUGUCUACUUUGUUUGUCUGAUCAAUUUGGAUACCGUUUUGUCCAGAUGUAACAACAUUCCAACAAUGAUUUCUCUGAUGCAGAGAUUGAAAGGGCAAGUUUUGGUUUAUGUCAUGUAGGGGAAUUUUAAUUAAGUAGUCUAA